AUGAACAUUUCUGGUUGGCCACCAUCGGAUCAUUCGUUCAUCGGAGCAUCGGAGCAUCAAUCAUCACCCCUACCGCUACCGCUACCUGGUACUGCGACACAAGACUCUCAAAAGCGCUGCAAGCUGAAGCGAAUGGCUUCACUACCCUAUUCUUCUCUACACGCACCGAUACUAGAAACCAUGAGAGCGAACCAUCAUACAGGUAUAUUAGCUGUCGCACUGCUGCUGCUAUGCCUUCCAUUAAUAGUGACAGCCAAAACGAGAGCGAGAGCGAGAGCAAGAUCAAGAGUAAGAGCAACUGUCACCAGUCCAGUAUUUGCUCGAGGCGGUGAACAACGCAAAGUAGGUCCUCUUCAAACCUUCCUUUCCACAGUCAAGGAUGCUCGUCAACACUUGAUGGCUGCGGCUGUAGCUAGAGGAACUUGUACGGCAAUCAUGUAUCCCAUGGAUUUGAUCAAGACACGGAUUCAGGUCAGCCAUCCCAAUCCGCUGCAAUUGGAGGGUCUCUUUGAUGGUUUGGGGGGAAGUCUGUUGGGACAAAUUCCUUACGGAGUAUUGACCUUUGGCAGCUACGAAGUUUACAAGCGCACAUUGCAAGAAAGAUUUCCUGAUUGGAAACCCGCUUUCCAGUAUGCCCUGGCAGCAAUUAUGGGAGACAUGACAGGAUCCUUCUGGUUGUGCCCUUCCGAAGUAGUCAAAAAUCAAAUCCAAGCUGGAAUGUACAAAACUACACCGCAAGCUUACAGAAGCAUCUUGAACAGCAAGGGAUUUGGGGGAUUUUAUCAAGGUUUCUUUGGUUUGGCAGCCCGUGAUAUUCCUUUUCGUGUUUGUCAGUUGACCAGUUAUGAAAUCGUCAAGAGCGUCUAUUUGAAAUCCAAGACUGCCAAGAAUCUGAGUCAACAACGUCAACGUCAACGUCAACGUCAACAGCGAGGAAAAGAUCAAGGACAAGCCGAAGUGGCGCUCUCGCCAGUAGAAUCUGCGAUUUGUGGAGCCAUCGCAGGUACCUUCUCGGCCGCGGUGACAACGCCACUUGAUCGCAUCAAGACUCUUAUGGCUGUCAGUACGGAAACCAGUGCGGCCGCUGCCGGAGUCUCCUCCUCGGUCUUUGCAUGCGCUUCCAUGAUCAUAAAGGAAGAGGGACCUCUUGGUCUUCUCAAGGGAUUGGUACCACGCGUAGUCUAUGUUGCACCAAGUGUCACCAUUUUUUUCAUCGUCUAUGAAGCAGCUCAACAACGGUUCAAGUCCUCAGAUGCCUUCCAACCAGACGGCAAAACGGCGCAAAAGUCCAAAAGACAGUAG